AUGGAGUUCCUGUGUGUGCUGCUUCGCCGGAGGACAUGGAUCAGACACAAGAAGGGGCGUGGAGCAGGUAUAAAGAGGAACAACUAUGUCAACUCGUGCUCAGACCUGACGCGGCAUCUCUCCCUCUACAGCAGACAGAUGGCGUACUCGACGAGCACUCUGGCACAGGGCUGCUUUGGGAAGGUGUACAAGCAGAAGUACAAUGACACCUGGGCUGCUAUAAAGAAAGUCCCCCAACAGCUCAUCAGCAGGAAGGACCUGGAGAGAGAGUGUGAUGUGUACAACAAGGCAGAUCAUCCCAACAUAGUGAAACUUCUGGGCAACAUAAAUCUGAUGGACGGAAAAUGGAUUAUUCCUCUUGAGUUUAUCUUCGGAGAAGACUUGGAGACCACCAUCUUCAAAGCAUCAAAGUCCAAAAUACAGCUGACUCCAUCUAUUAAAGGGACCAUCAUUAUCGGGAUGUGUGAAGGGAUGCUUCACCUCCACUCCAAAGAUAUCGUCCAUCAAGACCUCAAGCCGGAGAACAUCAUGGUGGAGCACAACACAAACCGAGCUGUCAUCAUCGACCUGGGUUUGGCCAAGUUCUUCCGUCAUGGUCUAAACUCAGCUAUUGACAUGGGGAAUGAGGCGUACUCCGCCCCCGAAGUGCUGCAGAAGGGCAGCCAGCGGGACCAGCGCUCAGACGUGUGGGCCAUGGGAAAGAUCAUCGCAGAGCUCCUUGCCCGGAUCCGACUUUACACACCAAGCGUCUGUCCUGAAAAGAUCAAGCAGAUCCUUCAUGAUCAGCCGUACUGCCAUGCAGUGUGUAGGAUGGUGGAAACCAACCCUUCUGUAAGGGCCUCGGUGGGUGGGGUUAUGAGUGAAAUAAGAAGGGCUGGAGGUGCAGGGAUUGUCGUAAAUACUCCCGUUCAAAGAGAGCACCUUCAGCCAGCCUCACCUAAUAUUAAUGCCAGAAAUCAGUCUCCAGCGCCAAUGAUCAGAGCUCAAACGCCAAUGGACAGAGCUCGUUCUCCAAUGGAUAGGGCUCAUUCUCCAAUGAACAGAGCUCAAACGCCAAUGGACAGGGCUCAUUCUCCAAUGAACAGAGCUCAAACGCCAAUGGACAGAGCUCAUUCUCCAAUGAACAGAGCUCAAACGCCAAUGGACAGAGCUCAUUCUCCAAUGAACAGAGCUCAAACGCCAAUGGACAGAGCUCAUUCCCCAAUGAACAGAGCUCAUUCUCCAAUGAACAGAGCUCAUUCUCCAAUGAACAGGGCCCCAUCACCGUUUAACAGAGAUCCAUCACCACUCAACAAGUCUCCAUCGCCGCUAAAAUGGGAGCGCACACCCAGACCAGAAAUAAAGCUUCUGCAUCCUCAAUCCUCACCCCACCUUUCUGCCUCCCCUCAGAGGACAGAGGACAAGAACAAAAACCAGGCUCUGGUCCCGUCAGGCAGAGCUGACCUCACCAAGGACCUUAUGAAAAUGCAGCUGUACCAAGAAGCUUCAAAGGAUCUGCCCUGCAACCUGCCCACAACAGGGAGGGUGGUGGUGCGGCGCUUUGAGGAGAAAGAUGGUGAGGUGGGAACAUGGGAACAGAAGGAGGUGGUGACCCGUGAUGGGAGGAUAGUCGAGUUCAAUGAUGUCAAGUACAAUAGCAAAUGAAAAUAUGAGUUUAAAGAUUUGGCAUAUACUUGACCCCCUUAAAAAAUGAUGAAGUGCUGGUUGAAUGUUUAGCUCAAGAUGCAAGUGUUACGGCUAUAUGUGUCCCUGUACUGUUUGUCCCUUCUCCCUUUCUGUUCUACAGCCCAGAGAAGCUACUAAUUGCACAACGAGGUACACCUGGCCUCAGUGCUUAAAAGGCUAGUGCUGGCUGCAGAAAGGGAGGCAUUUUGGAAGAGGCAUUUUGAGUUGGGACUGCGGUGCCUCUCAGCCAGGGAUUGCCUGUUGUCUUUUGUUAAGUUACUUUCUAAUGUGAUCUGUGUUGUCAUAAAGUUUAAGUAAUUGUAAUAAAUCCCUUUGUUUUGACUUUU